GCGAGCCGCUCGGCGGCGGCUCUGCCUCGGCGCGACAGUGCUAUAAUGAGUUGUAUUCAGCGGUUUGACAGACACCGGGCUAGGUGAAGCCUCAGUUCCUUACACCAGUGAGAGCAGGGGAAAUAAAAGAAACAAAGACAAACUCCACUGCUUGGGACUGCAGGACAGUGCCAGGAUGAGGGAGUUGAAGUGACCUUGUGAUUCUGAGUGAAUCAGUCUAGGAGGCCUUCCUGAAGAAGGCUGAGGCCCCAACGUGUGGCCACCACAACAUACCAGGCUAUUUCUAGGGUCAGGCCCAGGAUUCUGGAGCUGACCUGGCUGGGGUCUCCAUUGGUCCUGGAGGAUGAGGCUCCUCCGCAGACGCCGCAUGCCCCUGCACCUGGCCAUGGUGGGCAGUGCCUUUGUGCUCUUCCUCUUCAUCCUGCAGAGGGAUGUAAGUAGCAGGGAGCAGGCCACGGAGAAACCGUGGCUGAAGUCCCUGGUGAGCCAGAAGGAUCACGUCCUGGACCUCAUGCUGGAGGCUGUGAACAACCUUAGAGAUUCAAUGCCCAAGCUCCAAAUCAGGGCUCCGGAACCCCAGCAGACUCUGGUCUCCACAAACCAAUCCUGCCUCCCCGGGUUCUAUACCCCAGCUGAGCUGAAGCCUUUCUGGGAACGGCCACCACAAGACCCUAAUGGACCCGGGGCAGAUGGGAAAGCAUUUCAGAAGAGCAAGUGGACCCCCCUGGAGACCCAGGAAAAGGAAGAGGGCUAUAAGAAGCAUUGCUUCAAUGCCUUUGCCAGUGACCGAAUCUCCCUGCAGAGGGCCCUGGGGCCAGACACCCGACCCCCUGAGUGUGUGGACCAGAAGUUCCGGCGCUGUCCCCCACUGCCCACCACCAGCGUCAUCAUUGUGUUCCACAACGAGGCCUGGUCCACGCUGCUGCGAACAGUGUACAGUGUCCUACACACCACCCCCGCCAUCUUGCUGAAGGAGAUCAUCCUGGUAGAUGAUGCCAGCACUGAGGAGUACUUAAAGGAGAAGCUGGAGCAGUAUGUGCGGCAGCUGCAGGUGGUGAGGGUAGUGCGGCAGGAGGAGCGGAAGGGCCUGAUCACUGCCCGGCUGCUGGGGGCCAGCGUGGCACAGGCAGAGGUGCUCACGUUCCUGGACGCCCACUGCGAGUGCUUCCACGGCUGGCUGGAGCCCCUCCUGGCUCGGAUCGCCGAGGACAAGACAGUGGUGGUGAGCCCAGACAUCGUCACCAUUGACCUUAACACUUUCGAGUUUUCCAAGCCCGUCCAGAGGGGCAGAGUCCAUAGCCGUGGCAACUUUGACUGGAGCCUGACCUUUGGCUGGGAAACUCUACCUACACAUGAGAAGCAGAGGCGCAAGGAUGAGACCUACCCCAUCAAAUCCCCGACGUUUGCUGGUGGCCUCUUCUCCAUCUCCAAGUCCUACUUUGAGCACAUCGGUACCUAUGAUAAUCAGAUGGAGAUCUGGGGAGGGGAGAACGUGGAAAUGUCCUUCCGGGUGUGGCAGUGUGGGGGCCAACUGGAGAUCAUCCCAUGCUCUGUGGUAGGCCACGUGUUCCGUACCAAGAGCCCCCACACCUUCCCCAAGGGCACCAGUGUCAUUGCUCGCAAUCAAGUGCGCCUGGCUGAGGUCUGGAUGGACAACUACAAGAUGAUUUUCUACAGAAGAAAUCUACAGGCAGCAAAAAUUGCCCAAGAGAAAUCCUUCGGUGACAUUUCGGAGCGAUUGCAGCUGAGGGAACAACUACAUUGUCACAACUUUUCCUGGUUCCUGCACAACAUCUACCCAGAGAUGUUUGUUCCUGACCUAACACCCACCUUCUAUGGAGCCAUCAAGAACCUCGGCAUCAACCAAUGCCUGGAUGUGGGUGAGAACAACCGUGGAGGGAAGCCCCUCAUCAUGUACUCCUGCCACGGCCUUGGCGGCAACCAGUACUUCGAGUAUACAACCCAGAGGGACCUUCGCCACAACAUAGCAAAGCAGCUGUGUCUACAUGCCAGCACAGACACUCUGGGCCUCAGGAGCUGUCACUUCACUGGCAAAAAUAGCCAAGUCCCCAAGGAUGAGGAAUGGGAAUUGACCCAGGAUCAACUCAUCAGGAACUCAGGAUCUGGUACCUGCCUGACAUCCCAGGACAAAAAGCCAGCCAUGGCCCCUUGCAAUCCCAGUGACCCCCACCAGCUGUGGCUGUUUGUCUAGGACCCGGAUCAUCCCCCAAGGGAGCCCCCACAAGCCUCUCAGGAAACAGGAUUGCUGAUGUUUGGGAACCCGAUCGUCAGUUUCUCUGUCGGCCUUAAAGAUGGGUUUCUAAACCCAAUGAAUAUCAAGACAGGACAUUCCUACUCCUUGCAGCAACACUGGGCUCAUUUUCUUUCCUCCACACUGAUGGAACAGACCAUCAGGACAUAUGAUGCUUGGCCGAGGGCUUUCCUUCUGUCCUGGAAACAGAGGCCUCCAAAGCAGAGAAGGCAGCUGGGGGAGGGCCCAGGGCGGCAAUGCUGAGCUUAAGAAAAGCACUUCUGUAGCCACGUCCUGAAUCCCUGGCCAUCCACAGCAACUGCAGAAUCUAGUGAAAUGGUGUAUUCUAGCAGAGGGAUUAGAGGUCUAAGAGAGCCUCUCUUGCUAAUAUUGCCCAAAGUUUGCAGAACUGUUUACAGAAAGCUCCCUGACACGUGUCCUUUAUCUGCACAAUAAUCCUGUGAGAAAGACAGGACAGGAACCACUGUACCCAUUUUAUAGAUAAGAAAACUGAGACAGAAGUAAAAGAGCUUACCUAUAGUCCCAUAGCUAGCAGAUGGCUAGCACUGAGACGGAGCCUCAAUCUUCCAUGCUGAGCCAGGGCUUCUUCCACUACACCACAAGAACACUAGGCAACUAGCCACCAGCGCUCUCAUCCCCUCUGCCUUCUGUCCCAGUCAUUUCUAGCCAGUUGGUCUCCAUAAAGCAGAACAAUGGAGCCAGGUAGCCACUGGAGGGGAGACCACAUUUGGGAAUCCUGGGAUGUUAGUGUUGAAAGAAAGCUGCUAGAACCAGUGAUUCCCAAGUUUAAGUCCCAGAACCCUUGUUUCUAAGCCCCAUAGAAAAGGUAGAUAAAAAGCAAAGUAGCAGGGAUGAAACUGAGGGAGGAGCGGGCAGUGCCCUCUAGCUCCUAAAGUUCUAAGUCUGUAAGCACAACUUGAAAACCGUUGUUUUAGUCCAACCCUAUCAUUUUCCUAUUAUGAAACCAAGACCAGAGAGGUGAAUUUGUCCAAGGUCACUCACUCAGCAAGGUAUUGGCAGCCCUGAAGCCAAAGACUCAGGUAAGACUAACUAGAGUCCUGGGAAGUCCAAGGGAGCAGGGAUAGCGCGCAGAGUCGAACUGACUGGAAGACUGAUCCCAUCUGCCGUGCUUGCAUGAAGCCCCCCUGUGGAGCAGACCAGAUGUGAAUACGGCUCUUCAAGCUCAGGGACUCACCGCUGCACAUGGCUCCUUUGCCCAGCUGCCCAAAGGACAAAAAUUCUAUCCAGGAAGGCUGCUUUUGACUUUCAAUAGCAAGCUGUCACCACAUGAGGGUGCCAUGGGACUGCAGCUGCCUCCUGUUCCCAUGCAGUUCACCCUGAGAGCCUUCCAGACCCUGUAGGGGAGACAUUCUGAGGUAGCCCAGCCAAAGGGAAAGGAGAGUGGCCAGGGUGUGACCUGGAGAAAGGAACAGUUCAUUCCAAGAAAGAAAAGAGAA